CCGGGCUCGACUUCGAUGUAUGGUUGUUUGUACAAAAAACUAUUUGUUAUUGUAAUCGAAUGAUGGUGAAAAGAAGCUGAAGGCUUCAAAAUGAGUUUUAAAUCAUUCUUGCUCGAAAUUAGCAAUGACAUUGAAAAGAGCGAGCUGGAGAGCAUGAAAUAUUGCUGUGAAGAUUACUGUGGCGACAAGAAAAUUGGGUCAAAACGUCUCCAGGAAAUCUCAGAGGCUCGCCAGCUUUUCGAUGAGCUUAUAAAACGUAAUUUAUUAGGGCCAGACAAUACACAGAUUUUGGUUCAACUGUUAGAGAAAGCUGACAGAUAUGACUUAUCAGAUAGAGUGUUAAAACGCCAAGUUUCAUCAAGUUCGGGAACUCAGGAUGAAGUGACAGAUGGUCCAGUUGUGAAUGACAAACUUAAAGAUGCACGACUAAAUGACAUUGCCGAAGACCUGGGUAGAGAUUGGAAACCCCUUGGGAGAAGGCUAGGUUUAUCCACCAACAUUCUGGAUAAUAUUGAUGCGGAAAACAAAAAAGUUAAAGAAAAAGCAUUUCAGAUGAUGUCAAAAUGGAAAAAACACAAUGGCAACAAAGCCACAGGUCAAAUUCUAGCUGAUGCACUUAUAGCUGUUAGCAGAAAAGAUGUUGCAGAAACUUUAGCAAAGAUCUGCAAAGAUGAUGGCAUAAACAUAGAUGCAAGUGGAGAAAGAACGCAGAACUCUCAAGGUCAUCAAGAGACAGGUGGUCUCAAUACAAUUCAAGCUGACCUGGCUUCAGCAUUGCCCACGCAAGAGUCAGAACAAGGGAUUUGACUUUCUGAAAACGUGCAAUUUGAAGGAAAGUAUUUUAAAACAAUAAUGACAUUCGUAAUUUCAACUGUAUGCAGAAUGACUCUUUUCCGUCUAUACGUCCAUUCUUUUUAGACUUUUUUAAAAUAUGUGUUGUUCACUCAAUGCAUCAGUAUAUCUUCAGUGCAGAGGGGCCCUGAUUAAGCGGUCUAGCUACAUCCCUGACAGAAAUAAUAUUUAAUGAUACAAUUGAUAGAGUACUAACAUCACUUCUCAACAUUAUUAUGUUAGUCUUUUCUAUCAUUUGGAGAUUCUUAGGUUUGGGGCCUGCCCCCCCCCCUUACAAAGUUUCAACACCCCCCCCCUCUUGAUUGCACUGAUAGUACCUAGUUUAGGAUGUUUUUUACCUUUUGACAAUUCGCAUCUAGGAAACUUGAAAAAUAUCACAAUCAUGCUUUCGUAUUUUAUAAAUGUAUUUACCAAUCAAUUUAUAAAAUGGAAUUAAUGCUGUACCAACAAUUGAUGUAACAAUUAGGGCAAUUAUAUUCAGAAUCAGAUAAAAUCCACAAAUAUUUAUGUUACAUAGUAGGUUGGUAAAAAAAUUAAGAAUAAAUUGAUAUGAAUUGCUGUCAGCAAUGUUC